AUGGAAAUGUCUCAACGUGCAGAUGAAAUCUCGAAAGAGGAUUAUCGUACCAUCGUCUGUACAUUCUUAUCUACACACAAGUUCAACGUCGUCAAAAAUGAUCCAGAUGUCGAAAAUGCCGUCUUCACCCAGUUUCUUAGAUAUGAAGAGAUUAGUGAAGAAAAGGCCAGAUAUCUGGCUAUCAUUGGGGCUUCUACCGCGCAGCAUUUUUAUCCGUACCACAAGAGAGAAACUCGACAGGCAAUCGGCAUCUUCACUGCCUUUUUGGGAGCUGUCGAUGACCACGGAGCUCAAUUUCUGAGCGGAAUUCAACAAUUUGGACAGAGUAUCGUUGGUGACACAUCGCAAACUUCUCUUCUGCGGGACUACAAAGAUCUGUGCUCACAAUUCGGGAACUAUUAUACCCCUUUUUGUGCAGAUAGGAUCCUAGUUGGAACAAUCAACUUCGUCAGUUCCACCGCCUUGGAAAACGAGAGUCAUGAUUUUGCUCACCUCUCGAAGGCACCGAAUUUCCCACACUAUUUUCGGUCCAUGACUGGAUUGUCGGAAGCCUUUGCUUGGUUAUUAUUGGCAGAAGAAUUCUGUUCAUCCGCUCGAUUCGAUCUCUUUAUACAAAUUGCUCCGGAUCUCAUGGACUAUACAGACGGUCUCAAUGAUUUGCUAUCUUUUUAUAAAGAGUAUUUUCUCGCCACAGAAGAGACAAAUCCUAUUUGUCUUCGAGCGAAGGCUGAAGGCUGUGACUUGAAAAAGGUACUUCAUUCAUUAUGCACGGAGCUUGAGAGGUAUGCCGACCGGAUGAAAGAAGUUGUUUCGGAGGACCCUGAGUUACUACGGUUGCUCGAUGCUUACUUGCAAGGCUCUAUCGGUCUUCAUAUCAGUCAGAUACGCUAUCGGUUGCACGAACUCUCCUUGCCUGUUUAA